AUGGCGGUUCGACAACGGCGCGAGGUGCAAACCACCGCGAAAACAGAGGCAGGCCGGCUUAACCACCGCGGCGGGUUAGAGAGGCACGGCCGUGGCCGGUUCAGCGAGGCCGACGUGGAAGAGGGCCCGCGAGCGGCGGAGGAGCACACGGGCUUCCGGCGAGGGCGUAGGGAGUGCGGACGGCCGCGCUGCUACCUGGUGCUCCUCCUCCUCCACUUCCAGCGCCGGGAGGUUGAGGUCGCGGCGCGCUGGGAGAGCGAGCGUUGGCGCAGCGGCCUCAAUCUCCUCUGUCUUCACCUUCGGCAGGAGGUUGAUGACGAGUCGGGGCUUGGGCGCGUCCAGAGGGACUGCAACAGGCGGCAAGGAGAACUCCGGCAGUGGGUCGUAGCCCGGCGGCUUGAAGUGCUCCGGGUCCUCGUCAGAUGGCGUCGGGGACGGGAGGCCCGAUCCGUACCCGUAGCCUGGGCAAGAGUACAUCAGCGGCGGAGGCGGCGCUGCGAGUUCCUCGUCAGAGAAGUAGCGAUCUGGGUCAUCGACGAGCCAUCCGGCGCUUGGUCCGGCAAGCAUCCACUCCAUGGGCGCGUACACCGGUGGAGGAGGCGGCAGUUCCGUGGCAUCCGUUGUGAUGUUGGAGGCAGAGGCCUCAUCCUCGUACUCGAUUCCGACCCCUGCAGCAACCUGUUCAUCGACAGCAUUUGGUGCGGCAGCAGCCUCUUGGGGCAUGACCAGGACGUCUUCCCUGGGCGCAUCCGCCCUGGUACUCGGUCCUGGCGCUCCAAGGGAGUUGCUGCGGUGCACCCGGCGGUGACCACAGUGAAGGCGCUGGCGAUGGGCGUGGCGGCGAAGGAGGGCACCACGAGAACCAUAGCGACGAAGAGGAGCACAGUAUGGUGCAUUGCGGCGGCGGAGGCCGCCAUUCCUGUUCAGGCGACGCUGACGGCGGUGGCCGAAGUUCCGAUGGCGAGCAGCAGCCGGACCAAAAGUCCGGUGAGGAAAAUGGAAGCCCCGGCGUUCCCUUGCCACAAAUCGAGCGAAAGCGAAAACAAGGUACUUAUGUGUCCUGAGCCGUCGUGUUUACAUGCCGGUUACGAGGUUCGCGGCGUUUCGGAAAGAUACGACGCCGGUUUGAAAAGACAUGACGAUGGUUCGCUAUCUACUGCAUCUGGACAACGUCAGGAUUCUAACCACCGGUUAGAAUAUUCUAAGGAAUCUGAUAAUCGCCUAAUUAGCCAAAUACUAAUACUAUUAGAUUCCUAACAGUAGCAAGGUUCAAUCCGUCCGUGUCCGUGUCCUUCAGAUCCAUCGCUAUGUGGUGGAAUGGCUACCUGAUCGUGGUCUGAAACAGAUGCGGAGCAGGGCCCGAUUCGGAUUGGAAAUAGAAAGAGGCCAGGCGGUUUUGAGGUACAGCUAGCCGUCUUAUCCGGCGGCUCAGAGAUAACUCGGGGGCGGUUCAUGGUGAUGUGAAACAGCAAUGUUGGGCGCACCGGCCACGGUGGCGGCCUUGACCAAGUUGAUCGAAGGCAAAAAUUACUCUUUGACUCCUAUCUGCAUACUAUUGCCAAAGUAGUUUUUGACUGUAAAACUCAGAGUCAUUGUAAAUCGUCCAAACCAGCUCUUGUUCAUCUG